AUGGGGUUGACGUUCACGAAGCUGUUUGCGCGGUGGGUGGGCAAGAGGGACAUGCGCAUUCUCAUGGUGGGGCUGGACGCGGCGGGCAAAACAACGAUUCUAUACAAGCUCAAGCUGGGGGAACUCGUUACUACCAUCCCCACUAUUGGCUUCAAUGUGGAGACAGUGGAGUAUAAGAACAUCAGCUUCACUGUCUGGGACGUGGGGGGGCAGGAUAAGAUUCGCCCUCUGUGGAGGCAUUAUUUCAACAACACUCAAGGGUUAAUCUACGUGGUGGACAGCAACGACAGGGAGAGAGUGAUGGAGGCGAGGGACGAGCUGCACCGCAUGCUCAAUGAGGACGAGUUGCGUGACGCGACUCUCCUCGUCUUUGUCAACAAGCAAGACCUUCCCAACGCGAUGAACGCUGCUGAGAUCACCGACAAGCUUGGGCUUCACUCGCUGCGCCACCGCACCUGGUACAUUCAGAGCACCUGUGCCACGUCAGGGGAGGGCCUCUAUGAGGGUCUGGACUGGCUCUCUAACAACAUAUCCGCUAAAGUGCGCAAGAUUCCCCUCCCCUUCUGGUGCACACCUUGA